GGUAUCUCAUGUCAUGUGUCAUUAAUUUGACACAAAUUUUGACCAACAAUAAUAAAAUAAAUUAAAAAUUUGUUUAAAAAAGUAAUAAGUAUACAAUUUCGGAAUUGAAAAUAUUAUUUUAGAACAGAUGAAAAUAAUAAAAUUUAACCAAAAUUCAUAGCUUUUAGUUUAGUAUUGAAACAAUACUCUUAAGCCGCAUAUACUUUUCAUCUUUAACCUAUAAAUGUUAGUUAAACUUCGCAUAAAGUUUAAAAAAUCGACUUUUUUACCUAUAGGAUUAAUUUAAAUGGCAGAUAAUGGAAUAGGAACUUCUAAGCUAGAUAAUUCAACAUUUAUAACCCAAAGUAAUUUGGAAUGUAAGAAUUUAUAUGAUUAUUUAAAAACUAGGCCCCCAAAUACCUUAGAAAGGCUAUAUAAUCAUCCGGCGAUAUGUCUAGCUGUUUACAGGGAAUUACCAGAAUUGGCCAGACAGUAUGUGAUACGGAUACUUUUUGUAGAACAGCCAGUUCCGCAAGCUGUAGUAGCAUCGUGGGGAUCCCAGUCAUUUGCUAGGGAACAUAACUAUGUUACUAAAGUAUUAACGGAAUUAAAUGUAUGGAUGGAAGGUUCACUUCCAGGAGGUUUGAUAGGAUGGAUUUUAUCACCUACGUUUAAGAGGAAUCUUAAAAUUGCCCUUUUAGGCGGUGGUAAACAGUGGAGUAUGUCAUCUGCUUUAGAACCUGAUAAAAACGCCAGAGAUGUAAGUUUCUUAGAUACAUAUUCCUCUGAAAGGUGGGAAUGUGUACUUCACUAUAUGGUUGGUUCACAGCAACAGGAAGGUAUUUCGGCAGAUGCAGUAAGAAUAUUACUUCAUGCUAAACUUAUGAAAAGAGAUGAAGAAGAUGGAAGUCCAGUUAUUACAAGACAAGGUUUUCAAUUUUUGUUGUUAGAUAGACAAGCUCAAGUGUGGCACUUUCUUCUUCAGUAUUUGGAUACUGUUGAACAAAGAGGUUUGGAUUUAGUUGAAUGUUUAACAUUUUUAUUUCAACUAAGUUUUAGCACCUUAGGAAAGGAUUAUAGCACAGAAGGUAUGAGCGCUGGUCUUUUAAUAUUUUUGCAGCAUUUAAGAGAAUUUGGUUUAGUCUACCAAAGAAAGAGGAAAGCUGGUCGUUUUUAUCCUACUAGAUUAGCCUUAAAUAUAACUAAUAGCCAAAAUAAGAAUGCACCGCUUUUAGAGGAAGAUAGUCCUAAAGGGUAUAUUAUAGUUGAAACAAAUUACAGGGUUUAUGCUUACACCGAUUCUAAUCUUCAAGUGGCCCUUAUUGCAUUAUUUACAGAACUUAUGUAUAGGUUUCCUAACUUAGUUGUUGGUAUUAUAACUCGCGACUCCAUAAGGCAGGCUCUUCGUGGAGGAAUAACCGCAGACCAAAUAAUUGGCUAUCUCAAACAGCACGCCCAUCCCCAGAUGCUGGCUGCUGAUCAAAAGCAAACAUUACCGCCUACCGUGGUUGAUCAAAUAAAAUUGUGGGAACUCGAAAGAAAUAGGCUAACUUACCAUGAAGGAGUGCUUUAUAGCCAGUUCCUAUCUCAGGCUGAUUUCAACGUACUGAAAGAAUACGCCCAAUCCAACGGCGUCUUGAUUUGGUGUAACAAAGAAAAACGAACUUUAGUGGUAAAUAAAAAUGCCCAUGAUGAAGUUAAGAAGUUUUGGAAGAAGUACUCCAAAGGAAGUUAGGGUAUAUUUUAGUAUUAUGUUAUAAAUGUAAGAAUUUGUAAAGAAGCCAUUUAAUAAAAAAAUAAAAACAAGGACGACUUGUUUAUUUUAAUAAAUCAGUAUAAUAAAUCUGGA